UUCAAUGAAUCCAAAUGAUCCACAGAGCCCAAAGAUGUUCACCUUGAAGAAAUCCCUGUUUGUCCUUUUCUUCCUUGGGACCAUCCACGUAUCUCUCUGUGAGGAAGAGAGAGAUGCCGAUGAAGAAGAGGGAAGAGAUGGUCCCGAAGAAAGGCAUGUUGAAGUGGAAAAACGAGUUAAUCCAAUUGUGCUUGGUGUGUUGCCGAAAUUUGUUUGUUUAAUAACCAAAAAAUGUUGAACUUUGGAAACCUGAAUUGGAAAUCAUCUGAUGUGGAAUAUCAUUUAGCUAAAUGCACAUCAGAUGUCUUAUAAAAAAUAAACAUGUAGCAUAUGCUGA